UAAUUUCCAAAUAAGAUUCCAUUGUAUGAAUAGGCCACAAUUUGUCUAUCCAUGUACGCAUAGGAGGGCGUUUGUUGGUGUGCAGUUUUGGGUUACUAUGAAUGAUGCUGUUGUGAACAUUCAUGUAUUAAUUUACAAUACACAUUCGUGUUGGCAAACGGCAUCCCUCGCCACACUUUCAUGUCUCUUUUUCUGCCUUCUCUGGUACUUUCCGGGCAGGAUUCUGCUUUCCCUCAGACUGUAUCACUCAGGACUCUGAAUAUUCCCUGAAAUAGGAGGAAAGAUGACCACGUUGAAGGAGGCAGUGACCUUCAAGGACGUGGCUGUGGUCUUCACUGAGGAAGAGCUGAGGCUGCUGGACUUUGCCCAGAGGAAACUGUACCGAGAAGUGAUGCUGGAGAACUUCAGGAACCUGCUCUCAGUGGGGCAUCAACCACUCCACAGAGAUACUUUCCACUUCCUAAAGGAAGAAAAGUUUUGGAUGAUGGAGACAGCAACCCAAAGAGAAGGGAAUUUAGGAGGCAAGAUCCAAACGGAGAUGGAGACUGUUCCAGAAUCAGGAACACUUGAAGGGUUGUUCAGUCAUCAAACCUGGGGACAAAUUUCAAGUGACUUAACCAGGUUUCAAGACUCCACGGUAAACAGCUUUCAGUUCUCCAAACAAGACGAUAUGCCCUGCCAGGUUGAUGCAGGACUAUCUAUAAUUCACAUAAGACAGAAACCUUCUGAGGGUAGGAAGUGUAAAAAGUCCUUUAGUGAUGUCUCCGUCCUUGAUCUUCAUCAACAAUUACAGUCAAGAGAGAAGUCUCAUACAUGUGAUGAAUGUGGAAAGAGUUUCUGUUAUAGCUCAGCUCUUCGUAUCCAUCAGAGAGUUCACAUGGGGGAGAAACUCUAUAAUUGUGAUGUGUGUGGUAAGGAAUUCAAUCAGAGCUCACAUCUGCAAAUUCAUCAGAGAAUCCACACUGGAGAGAAACCAUUCAAAUGUGAGCAGUGUGGGAAAGGCUUUAGUCGUAGAUCAGGACUUUAUGUUCAUCGUAAAUUACACACAGGAGUGAAACCUCAUAUUUGUGAGAAAUGUGGGAAGGCCUUCAUUCAUGAUUCCCAGCUGCAGGAACAUCAAAGAAUCCAUACUGGGGAGAAGCCAUUCAAAUGUGAUAUAUGUUGUAAGAGCUUCCGUAGUAGAGCAAAUCUUAAUAGGCAUUCCAUGGUCCACAUGCGAGAGAAACCAUUCAGAUGUGAUACAUGUGGUAAGAGCUUUGGUCUGAAAUCAGCACUUAAUAGUCAUCGCAUGGUCCACACAGGAGAGAAAUGGUACAAAUGUGAGGAAUGUGGAAAAUGCUUCAUUUAUAGGCAAGAUCUUUAUAAGCAUCAGAUAGACCACACAGGGGAGAAGCCAUAUAAUUGUAAAGAAUGUGGGAAGAGCUUCAGAUGGGCCUCAGGUCUUUCAAGACAUGUGCGAGUCCACAGUGGAGAGACACCAUUCAAAUGUGAAGAAUGUGGGAAGGGAUUUCAUACAAAUUCACAACGUUAUUCUCACCAGAGAGCCCACAGUGGAGAAAAGCCAUAUAGAUGUGAGGAGUGUGGGAAGGGCUACAAAAGGAGGUUGGAUCUUGACUUUCAUCAGAGGGUCCACAGAGGAGAGAAACCCUAUAAUUGUAAGGAAUGUGGGAAGAGCUUUGGCUGGGCCUCAUGUCUUUUGAAUCAUCAGAGAAUCCACAGUGGAGAAAAACCAUUUAAAUGUGAAGAAUGUGGGAAAAGAUUUACUCAGAAUUCACAACUUUAUACCCAUCGUAGAGUCCACAGUGGAGAAAAACCAUUCAAAUGUGAAGAGUGUGGGAAAAGAUUUACUCAGAAUUCACAACUUUAUUCUCAUCGCAGAGUCCACACUGGAGUAAAGCCAUACAAAUGUGAAGAGUGUGGGAAGGGCUUCAACAGUAAGUUUAAUCUUGACAUGCACCAGAGGGUCCACACUGGAGAGAGACCUUAUAAUUGUAAAGAAUGUGGGAAGAGCUUUAGCCGGGCCUCAAGUAUUUUGAAUCAUAAGAGACUCCAUGGUGAUGAAAAGCCAUUCAAAUGUGAAGAGUGUGGGAAGAGAUUUACUGAGAAUUCACAGCUUCAUUCCCAUCAGAGGGUUCACACUGGGGAAAAGCCAUACAAAUGUGAGAAGUGUGGAAAGAGCUUCAGGUGGGCCUCAACUCAUCUAACCCAUCAGAGACUCCACAGUAGAGAAAAACUACUUCAAUGUGAGGACUGUGGGAAGAGCAUUGUGCACAGUUCAUGCCUUAAAGACCAACAAAGAGACCAAAGUGGAGAGCAAACAUCUAAAUGUGAGGACUGUGGGAAGCGCUACAAGAGGCGCCUGAAUCUUGAUACGCUUUUGUCAUUAUUUUUAAAUGACACAUAACUGUUGUACUCUUUUAUGGGGUACAGUGUGAUAGUUAAUACAAGUAUACAAUGUGUUAUGAUCAAAUCAGUGUAAUUAACGUAUCCAUCACCUCAAACAUUUAUCAUUUAUUUGUGUUGGGAACCCUUAAAAUUCACUGUCCUAGCUACUUGAAAAUAAUACGUUGUUAAUUACAGUCACCUUGUAGUGGUAUAAAACACUAGAACUUAUUCCUCCUACUUGCCUGUAUUUCUGUAUUCAUUAACCAACCUUUGGCUACCACCCUGCCUCCUCACCUCUAAGAACUACUAUUCUACUCCCUACUUCUAUGAAGUUAACUUUUUGAGCCUCCACAUAUGUGUGAGAACAUGUGGUAUGCAUCUUUCUGUGCCUGGCAUAUAUCACUUAAUAUAAUGCCCUGUAAGGCUCAUUCACUUUGCUGUGAGUGAUAGAAUUUUGUUGUUUUUCAUGGCUAAUACUCUGAUGUGUAUAUUUGCCCCAUUUUCUUUAUUCAUUCAUCCAGUGGACGCUUAGGUUGAUUACAUAUCUUGGCCUAUUUCUUGGCUAUCGUGAAUGGUGCUGCAAUAAACAUGGGCGGUGGAGAUAACACUUUAACAUACUGAUUUUCUUUUCUUUGGAUAUGUACCAAGUAUCAUAUAAUAGUAUGACAUGACUCAAAAUUAAGGAAUAAGAUUGUGGAAAUUGGUUUUCAAAACAAAAAAUUCUCUAGUUUGAAUAUAGAGAAAAAUUGGUGCGUGUCUUCAGCUGUCCUCAUACAUAAUGCAUGUGAGCUCGCUUUAAGCAUAAGUGAAGGCGUGGAAAAAUCCUGGAGAUAGAAAUCAUGGGGUAUACAUGUGGAUGUAAAAAAUCAACAAAGAUUCUUUUAAGAAAAGGUGUGUGUGGGUAGGGAACAAUAGCAUGACAGCAGUGGGGCCUCUAAGUCUGGAACCAGUUAGGACAAAGAGCAGGAUUGAGCACCAUUCCAUUCACAGACACCGUGGUGGUAUUUUGAGUACAUUAGGUUAAAAGGCUGUCUUCAGCAAAAUGUCUACUAGAGAUAGUUGAUUUUUAUACUUAAUGGUCUAGACUGUAUCUUUUCAGGAUGCUAGGUACUUUAUGAAGAGCCGUGCUGUCUCAAUUUGCAUAGUGGGUUGGAGGUCCCUAAGACAAUCUCUCCAGAUUCUAUGAUUUGCUAAGAGGACUCAGAAUAUAGUUGUACUCAUGACUAUAUUAUAGUGACAGGAUAUAAAUAAUCAGUAAAGGGAAAAGGUUCUUGGAUAAUAUCUGGAGGAAAUCAGAUAUAAAUUUGUAAAGAUCCUUUGUGCAUGGAGUAACAGGUCUCAAUUCCUCCAGCAUUGAAUUGUGAUCGUACUUGUGAAAUGUCUACAAUGGAAAUUAAUUGUCAACCCGUACCGAAGGUUCUUAUUGGGACUAAUCAUGUAGGUACCAUCCCACUGGUACAUAUCAAGAUUCUAGACUCCAAGAAGGGGAGCAAGUGUUCAGAAUAACUUGAACCAUGCCUACCAGUUACAGAAUGGUGGCAACCCUCUCAAACUCCGUGUUUCCUAACACCAGCUAAAGGCCAGUCUUGUUAGCAGUCCUUUCUUAAGAUUUGCAGUCUCAGGCCUGUUAUAUUAACUUUUUGUGCACAUAGUAUUAGAAAACUAUUGGCUGCAGUCUUCUUUUUUGUUUUGUGUGUUUUGGUUUUUAACUGUCACCAGAUACCAGAAUAGCUCAUCUCCAAGGUAAUUGUAACAGAAUACUCAGCAGAUUAAACAGAAAAUAUUUGCCUAUUAUAAUUAUUAAAAGUUUGGUAGGGUCUAUGUCUGCUCUCUGGUGUGUCCUGGAUCAUCAGCUUGGUUACAACAUGGUGUUAACAUGUGGGAUUGAUUGUGUUUCUUGUUAAUAUUUCAACCACACUGAAUAUUAAAUACCUAGUUCUGUAUCUAGUA